AUGGAUGGAAGCUGUGAGGACACGUACGACAUAACCUACGAUGAGGAUUGCUACUGCGGAGUCACAUCGGACGACUUUGACGCCAUAUUGCGGCGCUCGAAGCGUGCCGAUGACGGUGCAGUGGGAAGCUCUGACAGCGAAGCCUCCUCUUCAGGCGGGGAUGACUCUGAGCGCAGCAUCGAUGCGGCGAUGCAGCGGUUGGCCGCGUCCGUGACUGCCAUGCAAGUCGGCAUUGAAAAUAUGCGGCGUGUCGUUUGGGGCUAUUUCCUCGGAGUGUACACCGCGGAUACUAUGGAAGAACUGCUCGCAGCAGUCAGGCAGAAAAGGGAGCGCUACUGGGAGCUAGUGAAAAAGCACAGGCAGGACAACCUCAAAAGCAUGCAGGCGCUGAACCCACAGCUGUUCCACCCGCUAGCGCCAGUCGAGCGCAACCCGUGGGAGCAGAACCAGCGUUCACGCGAACUGCUGGACGAGAUAUGGCAGGAUGUGGAACGCACCUAUCAGGAGCGGAGCCUUUUCAAAAGCGAGUCCGUACGGAAGACACUGCAGAACGUGCUCUUUGUUUGGAGCAGGGAGCACGACUACAUCUCGUAUCGCCAGGGAAUGAAUGAGUUGUUGGCGGUCGUUUACAUCGUGUGCUACCGCGACCAGGCGAGGCCAGCCGACUCGACUGCUGACUCGGCGUUCGCGGAGAUCUGUUCGGGGGACGCAAAGGACCUUGAGGCUGACGCUUACACGCUCUUCGACGCGUUGAUGUGCCUGGAGAUACAGCUCAUGUUCGACAAUGCGGCUACAAAGAUGCCGUCAAUCAAGAGUUAUGAGGUGCGAUCCGCCAACCUGGCUCACAUCGUCGCGCUGCCCGGGCGCGCGAAGGCCAACAACACCCACAAUUCUUUUAUCGCACGCACCAAGUUCAUUCAUUCGCGUAUACUGAAGGACUACGACCCUGCGCUCUUCAAGCACUUCCAGGACAUCGAGCUGGAGCCUCACGUGUUCCUUAUGCGGUGGAUACGGCUGAUAUUCAGCCGCGAGUUCAACGUGAACGAAACGUUAUGCCUGUGGGACGCAGUUUUUGCGGACCACCAUGCCACCACCUUGGAGGGGCAGCGGCUGCCGGAGUUCCAGUUUGAGCUCGUCGACUUUUUCGCCGUGGCCAUGAUGUCGUACGUGCGCCUGAAUCUGCUGGAGAACGAUAUAAACUACUGCCUGCAGCGGCUGUUCAAGUUCCCCCCUAUUGAAAACAUCUCUCUGCUUAUCGCAAAAGCGCACAAGAUUCGGCGCCAGUUCAACAAGCUGGAUUCCGGCAAAUCUGCAGUGGCUAACGCUGACAGUGCAGCCCGCGCUUCCGGCAGCAUCCCCUGGGUGCCAGUUGAUGACGGCAGCCACGUCAGUCUGGAUAAGACGAUGCGCGCGAGGACACCUAGAGCAGCUAGCAGGACGUCCCACGAGGCUGGUAGAACGCCGUACAUGUCACUGGAGCGUAUGGAUAGCAACGCGUCGGCCUUCGCGUCACCGUCGGAAUCCGGCCUCUCGGUGAGCACCGAGGGUUUGCGCCAUGCGCUUGAAGGCGUCGCUGCUCGGAUAUACCGACUCUACGAAGAAGCGUUCGCUGUAGGAAGGUGGGAUUGCGUGUGCUUGCUGUCAUUUUCCGCAGCGACAAGAUGA